UUAAGGUCGCUGGGAGCAAAACCGUGUCAGUCAUCGAGUAGUAUCAGAGACUGUCACGUCUACCUUUUGAAAGUACCCACUUGUUCAUAAGCUCCACAGAGAAUGUAUGUAAUAAUCGUAUAUUAAUUGCAAGCUUCUAGAUUUCUGACACGUAGAAUACAUAAUAUAUAGAAUAAUAAACAUUCAAGUAGUACUUGACUCAAUACAUAAUAUAUACGUCACACAUUCUCUUUGUGUAAAAUACGUAUAUAUGUAUACAUCUGAUAUAUGAUUAAUUAUAAAAAAGUGCAUUUAAUGAAAAAUUUGAAAAUAUCUCCAUGUAACGUGGGAAAACAUAAUGUUGUUUCACUUUUCCGUUCUUCUCGUGAUUAAUUGAAUCGGUUGAAGGGACUGGAAAUAAAGAGAAUUCGAUAGAACCGACACCACCAAUUCGCAGACGCAGAAUGUUGCAGCAAAAUAUGGUGGUUGUAAAGAAUGCUGUGAAGCGUUAUGGGAAAGAAGAGUUGGUGCUCGACGGAUUGAAUAUGACAGUUUCAAACGGUUCCAUAUACGUACUGUUGGGGGCCAGCGGAUGUGGCAAGACUACCCUGUUGUCCUGUAUCAUCGGAGCACGUUAUUUCGAUAGUGGAGAGAUGUGGGUCCUGGGGGGAUCUCCAGGCAGCAUAGGCUGCGGAAUUCCAGGGCCUCCGGUGGGUUAUAUGCCGCAGGAUAUUUCUUUAGCCGAAUAUGUUUCUACGAGUGAUGCUCUUUAUUACUUUGGCAGGAUCAAUGGGCUUGACGAUAAAGAGAUCGAAACAAGACAUAGGUUUUUCUCGGAAUUGUUCCAACUGCCUCCAACAAAUCAGUUGAUGAAGAACAUGAGUGGAGGUCAACGAAGAAGGGUUUCCUUGGUCGCCGCAUUGAUGCAUAAGCCCAAACUUCUAAUUCUAGACGAACCCACCGUAGGUUUGGACCCACUUUUGAGAGAAAACAUUUGGGCUUAUCUGAUCAAACUCACGCAGGAGGAAGGUACCACGAUAUUGAUCACGACGCAUUAUAUCGAAGAAGCUAAAAAGGCUAAUAAAGUCGGUUUUAUGAGACAUGGUAAAUUGUUAGCUGAAUCGACGCCACAGAAAUUACUGGAGCAAUUUCAAUGUUCGUCAUUCGAAGAAAUUUUCCUGAAAUUGUGCGAGGCACAGAAUAAUGCAGUCACUUUAACUGAAGCUCAGGGAUCCAAUAUGGAAGACGCUGGUAGCGAUGCCUUCAAUCACGAUCAAGACAAAUAUGAACAAUUAAAAGAAAGCGAAAGGGUUUCGAAGAGACAAGUUUCACGAUUAAGAAGAUUCAAAGCUCUAUUUGUGAAGAACAGCAUCCAACUUACCCAUGAUUACUCAAUUCCAUUUUUCGUGUUAUUCAUGCCGAUAUUCUAUCUCAGUAUAUUGCUUUUGGCAAUAGGUGGUGAUCCAAAGAACUUGAAGAUUGGGAUUGUUAACAAUGAAGCUGGCAAUUGCGAAUACGGUAGCAACGUUGGCAAUAUUUGGAAUGACGAAACUACCUGCUACUUCGGCAAUCUCAGUUGUAAAUUCCUAAACAAUUUCGACAAUUCCAUUGCAACACAGAAGUAUUAUGACAAUAUUUCAGAGGCAAAGUAUGAUGUCCAAAGGGGAAAACUUCAUGGUAUAAUAUAUUUUCAUCAAAAUUUUUCCGAAGCUCUACAGAUACGAGUGGAAAAUGUCACUUUCGCGAAGGAUUUUCAUCUUCUUGCCAGUCAGAUUCAAGUUUUCCUCGACAUGAGCGAAGGACCAAUUGGAUAUUUUCUACAGAAUAAUCUAUUUCAGUGGUUUUUAGAAAUUUUCAAGGCUACCAUGAAGGACUGUAAAUAUUUGACAAAAUUGGCCAGUCCGCCGAUUCGAUUUGAAGAUCCAAUAGGUACGACUGAUUUAAAAUAUAUAGACUUCGUGAUACCAACAUACCUGCCAUUAUUUGCCUUCUUUCUGGCCACUACAAUCUCUUGCAUCGUGAUUAUCACAGAACGAUUGGACGGUAUCUGGAAUCGAAGUUUAGUCCAAGGGGUCAAAGCAGAAGAAAUUCUGGUGUCUCACAUUGUUGUUGAGAGCAUCAUCGUAGUUAUUCAAACCAUUACGAUAAUACUUAUAGUCUUCCCUAUAUGGGGAUUGGAAUGUAGAGGAUCAAUAUUCACUGCUUUCGUCCUUGUAUUUCUCAACGGGUUUUGUGGAUUGUGUUACGGUUUUGUUAUAUCUACCUUUUGCACAUCUCUUUUUACGGCCAUAUUUUCUGCAGCCGGAAGUUGGUUGUCGAUGUUCUUUCUGAAUGGUGAGUUGUAAUCUUUGUUUCUCGGAAAUAACUUCUUAUUUGAAUUUGUUAUUAAAUUAGUUCUAAAAUUAAAGUUUUUGUUACAUAACGAUAUAUAAACAGUUCGCCUAGUCUAAUAUAAAAGUGUA